AUCAGAAUAAUAACGUCCUGAAGAAAGGAGACUCGAGUGAAUGAGAGUGUGGAGAGCUGCGCCGCGCGUGGAAGAUAAACCAGCGUUUCAAAACAAAGGACAGCUAUUUCUUCUUCUUCUUCUUCUUCUUCUUCUGCGCCUGCAUACAUCUCUCCACGCCGACUUCCCAUUGAGUUUUGACAACCGCCCGGGUGAGAAGUGCAAACUUGUUUCGUGUCACUGGAUCUGGAUGGAGCAAUGUGAAGGCACAUGCACGCACAGCCGGGCCUCGGCCGACGCUCUCCUCUGGGCAAGUCAUGCGCUUUGAUGCAAUUACACCCCGGACGAGUGAGCGCAGGCUGGCACCGUCUCACACUUUACGGACGCUGCCAUGGCCGAGGGAAGCUGCUUCGGUGUGCUGUAGCUGUUUGGCGUGACCAGAGCUGGACCUUGCCUCGGAAGAGGAAAGAAUCUUGAGAGGAGGGAAAACAUCUGCUCAGAGGGGAUAGGAUCAGAAGAAGGAAUCUGCUGGACCUUUCUGUUUGUAAGGGAAAGGAACUUAAAACUCUCAGAGGGCUUCAAGAUUUUUAAAAUCAUUGGUUGUUGCCAUCUCAGACAGACUUGACGCCAUGUGCCAUGUUAUUGUAACAUGCCGCUCCAUGCUGUGGACGCUGCUCAGCAUCGUGGUGGCCUUUGCCGAGCUCAUCGCCUACAUGAGCCCCGACUGGCUGCUGGGAUUCCCUCGGUCGGACUCCGGGGCGGACGUCGCCCCCGGGGGGUACCGGCCGUCUCUCGGCCUCUACAGCCGCUGCCUUCGCGUCGGGUCCCGGGGAGUGGUGGUGAGCUGCGGGCCCUACGCCGGGUCGUUUGGAGAAGUGGCCAGCGGCUUCUGGCAGGCCGCCAUGUUGUUUCUGGCAGCUGGGACGUUAGUGCUGGGAGGUGUGGCCUGUAUCUCUGUGUUCAGCAUGUGCUUCCAGAGCAUCAUGAAGAAGAGCAUAUUUAACAUCUGCGGACUGCUCCAGGCUAUCGCAGGCCUGUUGCUGAUGGUGGGCCUCAUGCUGUACCCUGCCGGCUGGGGUUCAGAGAAGGUGAUCGGCUACUGCGGGCCCGAGGCCUUGCCCUUCAGGCCCGCUCUGUGCUCCCUCGGCUGGGCGUUCUACACGGCGAUAGGAGGAACACUGGGAUCCUUCCUGUGCGCAGUUUUGUCCGCACAAGCUGAGGUCGCCACCUCCAGCGAUAAGGUCCAAGAGGAGAUCGAAGAGGGAAAGAGUCUGAUCUGCCUGCUCUGAGCCUUUAGAAACCUUCUAAGGAAACUCCCGGAAAUCCUCCUCGGCGUCAUUUCUUCUUGUAAGGACACUUGUAGAUCUCAGUGGAGGAAGGACAGACAUUUCUCUGAGUGAUUUUCUUCACGAUAGCCUGGAUAAAAUCAGUGAUUGUUGAAAAGAUGUAACAAAAAUCGUUCAGCUUCAGGUUGAACAGCAGGCCAAUGGACUUUGCCUGUAGACCAAUGUUUUUGACCGUGAUACUGUUUUAUGUUUGUACUAAUUCUCACCUUAAACAAACCACUGUGCUGGAAUAGCAGCAGAUAAGUCAAGGAAGUUGGUGGUGGAUGCGUCGUUGGCGUUCUUGUGGACAGGUUAAACACUGCCAGACAAACAGUGUGUAGGUUAGUAACGCCAUUAUACUGUUCAUUUCCCACAGCAAACCACUGAAUACUACCAGAUGUGUGCACUAAGACUCCCAACAACAGCUUGCGUGGGAGUGUGUGACAGACAUGAACUUUUGAGAUUUCUAAAUGUCCACUUGCUCUGAUUGUACGGCACAGCGGGACAGUAAGACGAGCUGACUUUACACGCGCCACUUAGCGGAUUGCUCCCUUUUAAAAAGGAGUGUUCUCCUGUUAAAUGGAUCGUUUGCGAGCCUUCUGCAGCUUGUUAACUGGCAGAGUGUGUGACAGAAACUCAACUUUCAUAUUGCUCACAGGGAGAUAAAAGCAGGCUGCACCGGAUCUUAUUGUGGUUUAUCUUAUGACUCACCGUACAGAUCUGGCUUUGUAAAGACGAUCAAGACACAAAGAGUGGGUCAAAACGGGUGUUUUUUCGGUACUUUUGGAGAUCACCGGAUAUUUUCACUUUGCUUCCUAUUUUCCCAACCGCGCUUCAUUAAGUCGCUGUAAAAUGUAGAAUCACGUGACCGCUUUGAUUCAUUGUAGAUGAGAUGUGCAAUAAUUCAACCGGAGUGUGUUUGCUGCGAGAGUGAGCGGACCCAGAGGAUGAGACAUUUCUGGUCCGUCUGUGCUUAAAUUAAGAUGUUGACUGUCUGCUGUUUUUGUUACAUUAACAAAAGAGUUAACAGCAUCCAUGGUACGUUGAAUGAUACUGCAUGUAUGAGAGUUCCAUGUGUGUGAGGAAAGAUACAGUCCGUACUUUGUACUCAAAUAAACCAGGCCUUCUUUAGAAAUUCUGUCUGUGAUUCAUAUGUAAAACCUUUUUAUUCUGACAAGAUCCUUCUUUCAUGUGUCUUUCCUGUUAAAACCAAACCUCCUGAGGAAACACUGACACCUAGUGAUGGAAAGAAGAUAACACAAAACUACUUUCCACUUCCACUGGUGCAGGGGUCGGCAACCUUUACUAUCCAAAGAGCCAUUUUGCUCCAUUU